AUGUUGUCCCUUCGCUCCGCUGUGCGGAGAGCUUCCUCUACACCCCUCCGAUCUUUCUCCGCACCGCACACUCCCCUCCGUGCUGGUCUCUCAGCUGGCCUCAAGGUUUCCACUGCUCGCUCGAACGCCCGUGGCUACUCUCGUGCCGCCGACCCUCACCUAACCUCGACUCGCAACACCGUUGUGCAGCUGCUGAGCAACAUCGGCUCCAAGCGUGAGGUUCAGCAAUACCUCUCCCACUUCACCUCCGUUUCCUCCCAGCAAUUCGCCGUGAUCAAGGUCGGUGGUGCCAUUAUUACCGAGCACCUGCAGACCCUCUCCUCCGCUCUCGCCUUCCUGAACCAUGUCGGUCUCUACCCCAUCGUCGUCCACGGCGCUGGUCCUCAGCUCAACAAGAUGCUGGAGGAUGCCGGUGUUGAGCCUCAGUUCGAGGAUGGUAUUCGCGUGACCGAUGGUAAGACCCUCUCGCUGGCCCGUAAGCUGUUCCUGGAGGAGAACAUGAAGCUGGUUGAGGAGCUGGAGCGUAUUGGUAUCCGUGCCCGCCCUCUGACCGCCGGUGUCUUCUCCGCCGACUAUCUCGACAAGCCCAAGUACAACCUCGUCGGCAAGAUCAAUGGCGUCAACAAGAAGCCCAUUGAGUCUGCCAUCGACGCUGGCUGCCUGCCCAUCCUGACCUCCAUGGCCGAGACCCCCGAUGGCCAGGUCCUGAACGUGAACGCAGACGUCGCAGCCGGUGAGCUGGCCCGCGCUCUGCAGCCGCUGAAGAUUGUCUACCUCGCCGAGAAGGGCGGUCUCUUCAACGGUGACACCGGAGAGAAGAUCUCCGCUAUCAACCUGGACGAGGAGUACGACCACCUGAUGACUCAGUGGUGGGUUCGCCACGGCACUCGCCUCAAGAUCAAGGAGAUGAAGGACCUGCUCAGUGAUCUUCCCCGCUCCUCCAGUAAGGAGCUGUUCACCGACUCCGGUGCUGGUACCCUGAUCCGCCGUGGCAACAAGAUCCACGUCAAGACCUCCCUCUCCGAGAUCGAGGAUCUCCAGAAGUUGAAGGAUGUCCUGGUGCGUGAUCGCGAGGGUCUGGAUGCCCGUGCUGUUGUCGACCGCUAUGUGGAGGGCCUGAAGGAGAACGACUUCAAGGUCUACUACGACGACCCCAUGGAGGCUCUUGCCGUUGUCCUGCCUCCUCAGCAGGGCUCCGUGGUCGCCCAGCUUGCUACUUUCACCAUCACCAAGUCUGGCUGGCUCACCAACGUUGCCGACAACGUCUUCCAGAGCCUGAAGAAGGACUUCCCCAAGCUGGCCUGGACUGUUAAGGAGGACGACGAGAACUUGACCUGGUUCUUUGACAAGGCCGAUGGCAGCCUGAGCCGCGAUGGCCAGGUCCUGUUCUGGUACGGUGUCGAGAACGGUGAGGAGGUCAAGCAGCUGGUCCAGGAGUUCACCAAGAACGGCCGCCAGAUGUUCGGUGACAUUAACCUCGAGUCCCGCCUCCACCGCGCUCACCAGGAGGCUGCUACCAAGUUCGCCAAGGGCCACGGUCUCAGCGGUGCUUCUGCUGAGCAGAAGCGUGCUUUCUCCUCGACCUCCAACGCACUCCGCGCUUCUCGUGUGCGUCCUACUGUUGCCGUCAACUCGAUGCGCACCUACGCCACCACCAACCCUAACCCCCCUCUGGGCGAGAAGAACGCUUCCAACGCUACUCCCGCCAAGGUUGCCCUCAUUGGUGCCCGUGGCUACACCGGCCAGGCUCUGAUCAACCUCCUGAACGCCCACCCCAACAUGGAUCUUCGUCACGUCUCUUCCCGCGAGCUGGCUGGCAAGAAGCUCCAGGGCUAUAACAAGCGUGAGAUCAUCUACGAGAACCUCAGCCCCGAGGACGUCCGCAAGAUGUCCGAGAACGGCGACAUCGACUGCUGGGUCAUGGCUCUCCCCAACGGUGUCUGCAAGCCCUUCGUCGACGCUGUCAACCAGGGUUCUGAGAAGGGCAAUGUCAUCGUCGACCUCAGCGCUGAUUACCGCUUCGAUAACCAGUGGACCUACGGUCUGCCCGAGCUGAUCGACCGCUCCCAGAUCGCUCGUGCCACCCGCAUCGCCAACCCAGGCUGCUAUGCCACCGCCGCCCAGCUCGGUAUUGCUCCUCUUGUCCCCUUCCUUGGCGGCCAGCCCACCACUUUCGGUGUGUCCGGCUACUCGGGUGCCGGCACCAAGCCUAGCCCCAAGAACGAUGUCAACUACCUCACCAACAACCUCAUCCCUUACAGCUUGACGGACCACAUCCACGAGCGCGAAAUCAGCUCUCAACUGGGCACCAGCAUUGCUUUCAUUCCCCAUGUCGCGGUCUGGUUCCAGGGUAUCUCUCACACCAUCAGCAUUCCCCUCUCGAAGGAGAUGACCUCUCGGGAUAUCCGCAAUCUCUACCAGGAGCGCUACGCCGGUGAGAAGCUUGUCAAGAUCACCGGUGAGGCCCCAUUGGUCAAGGACAUUGCCGGUCGCCACGGCGUUGAGAUUGGUGGCUUCGCUGUCCACUCCAGCGGCAAGCGUGUUGUUGUUUGCGCUACCAUCGACAACCUGCUCAAGGGUGCCGCUACCCAGUGUCUUCAGAACAUGAACCUGGCCCUGGGCUACUCCGAGUACGAGGGCAUUCCCCUGGAAUAA